AUGUUGAGAUACGGCCGACAAGAUGUGCGGGCUGUGUCCGUCCUGUUACUCAACAGGAGUGACGCAGAGCUAUCUGGCUGCCGGCAGCCCUGUCCGCCGGCCGGCUCGCUCGUGAAUCGAUCGCACGACAAAAAGCCCCGUCCGGAGAUAUGCGGCGAAGCGGGAGCGAGUUAUGUCAGCCUCUCCGAACCAGUCCGCUGUUAUGUCAGCGUGUGGACGCAGUAUCACCAAUAUCCAGUAACAAGGAUGCGGGCGAAGGCUGUACUGUGGCGCUGCGCGGAGGUGCGGGGCGGAGGCACCUGCGAGAGGGCGUCGAACCCUCCCCCCCUGCCCCGCCGUCCUACCCCGCCCCGCGGGCCCCAGACACGCGAUCGCCCCGGGUCCCAACAGGUGAAGCGGUCAACUCAAGCCGCGGACCAGCGCCGGCCGACC